AUGGUGACGGUGAUAACUGACUGUGAUGGUGAGCACGAGGGUGAUGGUGAGCACGAGGGUGAUGGUGAGCACGAGGGUGAUGGUGAGCACGAGGGUGAUGGUGAGCACGAGGGUGAUGGUGAGCACGAGGGUGAUGGUGAGCACGAGGGUGAUGGUGAGCACGAGGGUGAUGGUGAGCACGAGGGUGAUGGUGAGCACGAGGGUGAUGGUGAGCACGAGGGUGAUGGUGAGCACGAGGGUGAUGGUGAGCACGAGGGUGAUGGUGAGCACGAGGGGGUGAUGCUGUGCAGGACAAAUAUAAUAACCAUUGAAGAGAUGAAAACCGCAAGUGAGAAAGAGCGGAAAGACACGGAGAAGAAGAAGAAGAAGAAACUGAGGGUUUAA